CCUGCCCACUGCCGUCAUGCUGAUCGGGGGCCUGCUGCCCACCCUCUGCACCGUGGGGCUCCUCCAACUUCUCUCCGCCGCGGGCAGCAUCUUCGACUCUGCCCGACAGCUGAUGAGCAAUGGCAAGAACUUCUCGAGGGUGGAGGUGGAGCUGAGCUGGUCUGAGGCCCUGCAGCACUGCCGGCUGCACCACACGGACCUGGCCGAUCUGCAGAGCAUGAACAGUGUGAGCAGCAUGAGGACCCUCUACUCCCUGACGAGCAGCACCGAGGCGUGGAUCGGCCUCUUCUUCAACACGCGCCUUCGUGGCCUGAGCUGGUCCAGCGGGUCCACCUUCACGGCUCCGGUGUGGAGCUCGCUGCCCGUCUUCCAGGAGGGGGUCUGUGCCACCCUCUACUCCAUCUCCAUUUUCCCCAGCCUGGGGGCCAGCUCGUGCACAGAGCGGAAGCCCUUCAUCUGCUACUACGACCCUGCUGUGGGGCACCGCAUCUUCACGGAGCCUGCUCCCAGCCUGACCACCUCUCCAAAGCCAGCCACGGUGCGCAUCGGCCAACAAACCUUCACACGGUUUGACCAGGAGGUGACGUGGCGGGCGGCGCUGCUGUACUGUCGCAGGCACCACACGGACCUGGCCGACCUGCAGCUUGUCGCGGACCCGGCAGCCAAGGAGGCCCUGAAGUCCAUCACGAGUGAGACCGAGGCCUGGAUUGGCCUCUACUUCAACGCGGCCUCCGGGGCCCUGAGCUGGUCCAGCGACCUGGGGUCCAGCAUCCCCGCCUGGCUCCAGGUGCCCCAGUUGGGGACCGGACUGUGCGCGGGGCUCCGCACCUACGCGCGCUACUCCCCCCGGGUUUAUUCCCUGGACUGCUCUUCCCUGAAACCCUUCAUCUGCUUCUACGACCCCUCCAUCGGGCACCGGGAGUCCGCCGCUCUUUAUCCAUCCUUUAUCGGUCCCUCCUCAGAUGUGACUAUGGAGCCCACGCUCAGGCCAAGUAUAUCCCUGCUUCCUAUUCCAUGUCUAGCCUGGCCCCUGCCUGGCUGCCCCAGGCCCGGCUCACCCCAGUGGGCACUGGGUGGGCAGGGCCAGGCCUGGGAGAACCGCAGGGCCACAGCCGGGCCCGGGAGCCGAGGAGGCCACGCUGGUUCCCUGCUGCUGAUGCCCCACCGGCCAGGUCACCACACACUGCGCAUCCUGCCUCGGCCGCUGGCCACCACCUGUCAGCGUCCUUGUCCCGGGGCCCUGGCCUUGGCAGGGUCCUGGGCACAGGGGCCCCCUCGUGAGCCCUGGUUCCUGCCGCCGAGCUCAGCUCCCCCACCCCAGCCCAGGCCACGCGCCCUGGCGACCCCUAGCCCCGCGGGGAAGGGCCCAGAGCCUGCAGGGGCCAAGAAUCCUGAGGUGAGGGAGUGUCACUGUGAGGACCAGGGUGGUAGCUCACGGGCGCGUGACGAGGUUUGGCCCGACCGAGCUUCCCCGACAGGCUGGCUCCUGCAGCCGCCGUGUGCGGAGCGGGGGCUGCCCACGCCCGGCCCCAGUCUCAGACCACCUUGCUCCCGGCUGUGUGCAGGGACUCCUGCAGCUGUGACCACUGAAGGGACCGGUGGCGACACGGGAAGUACAGCCACCGCCACUCGGGCCCAACAUUUGAGCUCGACGGAACACCCGGAGUCUACAGGAACCGGCCCAACGCCCACAUCAGGGCAACUCUUUGGAAUCCUGAAAGCAGAUUUUACCAUCCCAGCUCUGCUGGACCCACAGGAUAUGAAAGACCAAUUUUUGAAUGAGAUCCAAGAAGUCUUAAAACUUACAUUAGGUCGUGAGCAAUUCAGACUGAAAUGGGUUGGCUUCGAAGUAAACAAAAAAUAG